CGUGCGGCAAACACACAGCUCGCUUUUCAGCCAACUCAACCAGCUCCAGAAUCAGCUUUUCAACAGCAGCCUUCGCGUCAUUAAUCGCAUCGUGCGACUGGCCCCACAAACAGUUUUCCCAGCAACGCGCGCACUUUUCCCGCUCUAGGACCUCUGGUUACGACGGUCUUGUGUUUCCGUCUUAUCGCUUCGGACGCUCCGGGUCCUUUAGUUUGCAUAUUUAUGUUUGCUUAACUCAACCAUUACGUUUCGGUGUCAAAAGCGAAUCCAAUCCCGGCGAUAAGUUGCUGCCUGCCAAACGGAGAGCUUAACAAAGAAUUGUACAACACAAAAGUGAAUUACAAAUCAAUUGAGAAGGCCCCUCGGCGGCGAGACAUAGAGCAUAUCGGGUAAAUACCACCCGAUUCCAUUUCAAAAGUGAGCCGCUAAGGGAGAAAAAGUCCCCGCAUGAGUAACAGCGCUAUGGUGGCCGUGGCCAUCUGCUGCAUCCUCGUCCUGCUGGCCGUCUUCAUUGUGAUCAUCAUAGUCGUCGGGCAGACCAUCGAGGAGCCCAAAUGAGACAUGCUCCAGCUGGGACCUGGCAACUUCCCAGAUGGAUAACAGAGGCCCCCCAAUUGUUAGUUUGCUGGGGCCCGCCAGCAAAAAUCGUUGCCACCUCAUCAGCAUUUGCAAAAUCACCAAUAUCAUCUCCACCCGACAGAAAAUUAGCGGAGGAAACAGAAGGUGCAGAAGGAUCAGUAGAAGCGGAGGAAAUGCGUCCCGUCGUCAGUAUCCAUUGGCUGUGAUGUGAAAUUUUUUGAAUUUGUGAAGCAAAAAUCAAUCGAGAAAUCAACCCAACACAAAAGGAGCAACUAAAUUUUUGAACAUUCCGCACCCUAAGGACACACAUCUUCAUGUAGCAUUUCGGUGUGUUAAGUGUUGUUAAUAUAAAUGUAUAUAUAGACACACAAUCUAUGAAUACAAAAAUAUAUAGAUAUGUAGACAGACUUAUGUACUUAUAUAUGGAUAUAUAUGUGUAACCCAACCGUCGUAACGUUGCGUUCUUUUUUAUAAAAGUGUUGUUAACAAACCGA